AUGUCCGGAAAUGAUGAAGCGGCAGCGGCAGCUGCCGCGCCACCUCAGACGCUGCAGUUCGCGCCAUUCGAGUCGCAGAUAGAGAUGCCCUUCUACUCGGCUCUGUUCUCUCGCAAGCUGGAUCAUGACAAGCUGGACGACUCGGUCCGCCCUGUUAUUGGCCUCUACCAGCCAAUGUCGGAGAGGCCCCCAGCCGAAAGCACAAGAAUGCAGAUACAAGGCGGGGCUUUGUCUAGUUCACAUGUUCCUAUGGGAUAUACUCGCGCAGACGGCAGCAUCCGGAAUUUCAACACCAUAGAAGAUUUCAAGAAGGCAGACAAGGGCGCGAUAUUACGGCAGGCUGGAGCUCAGAUCUGGGAUGCUAUCAAAGAUGGCUCCAUAUACGAAAUCCCUUCACUUCUCUCCUCCUUUGCAAUUCUUUCAUUCGCAGAUCUCAAAAAGUACCGUUUCACAUACUGGUUCGCAUACCCUACCCUUCAUUCGGUUCCAGCUUGGAGGCGGGAUGGACCUUUAGAACGCUUCAGUUCCAAGGAGACUACAGCGCUUGUCAAUGAGGUCGGUACUUUUCGCUAUGCGCACGACACUAGGCAGCACGGCUUUUUCCUUGCCAAGAAGGUCCCAUACCGCUCCGGACCCUUCCGAAGGGGUCUGCCGCGCGACGAUUCGGACGGAGACGAUAUUGGCUUCACAUGGAGCAUCGGUGCAUUGGGCGAUUUUGAAAAAGGGUUCUUCAAGGGGGUCAAGGAGGAGGACCAGUAUAUUGCUUUUGUCGACUCCUCUAGCUACGCUGAGAACCCAUCGUGGCCGCUACGGAACUUGCUUGUUCUGAUCAGGCAGCGCUUCCAGCUCCAGAAGGUCAAGAUAUUGUGCUACCGAGAUACUCAGGCUAGGAGGGACGAGCCUCGGAGCAUCGUUCUUCCCCUCGCCUCCGAAGGCCCUGCCACGGCACAGACUUCGGAGAUGCCCAAGGUCACCGGGUGGGAGCGUCACCCGAGCAGCAAGUUGCAGGCUCGGGUUAUCAGCCUUGCUGAGUACAUGGAUCCGGCACGAAUUGCGGAUCAGGCGGUUGACCUGAACUUGAAGCUUAUGAAGUGGCGCAUUUCGCCAAAGCUCGACCUGGAAGCAAUGCGAUCUCUUAAAUGCUUGCUUCUGGGUGCAGGAACUCUCGGGAGCUAUGUGUCGCGCAACCUGAUGGGUUGGGGCGUUCGUAAGAUCACUUUUGUCGACUACGGCAAUGUAUCUUUCUCCAAUCCUGUCCGCCAGCCACUAUUCGAGUUCGAAGACUGUCUCUCUGGCGGUGUACCAAAGGCACCCAAGGCGGCAGAAGCCCUCAAGAAGAUCAAUCCAAGCGUUGAUGCUGAGGGCCAUGUACUUUCUGUACCAAUGCUUGGCCACCCGGUGCUCAACGAAGCACAAACCAAGGAGGAUUUCGAGAAGCUCCAGCAGCUGAUCAAGGCUCACGAUGUUAUUUUCUUGCUGAUGGACACCAGGGAGUCUAGGUGGUUGCCCACGGUCAUGGGCAAAGCCGAGGGAAAGAUCGUCAUGAACGCAGCUCUUGGUUUCGAUACAUACGUGGUCAUGCGUCAUGGUGCUGCGCCAAAAGAUGGUACCGAAUCGACAUUGGGGUGCUAUUUCUGCAACGACGUUGUGGCACCUUCUGACUCAAUGAAGGAUCAGACGCUAGACCAGCAGUGCACAGUAACGCGGCCCGGAGUCGCCGCCAUUGCUUCAGCAAUGCUGGUGGAGAUGCUCACAAGCGUGCUCCAACACCCACAGAGGGAACACGCUCCCGCUCCCAAGCCCACAGGGCCGCCCAGCAACCCAGAGUACCAACGCGACCCACCAGACCAUGCCCUGGGCAUAGUCCCUCACCAAGUUCGUGGCUUCCUGGCCAACUUUCAGAACAUGAUCAUCAGCGGCGAGUCGUACCCGAACUGCAGUGCAUGCAGUUUGCCUAUUGUCGGCGCGUACAAGUCAGAUGGAUGGGAGUUUGUCAAGAAGGCGCUGUCGGAUAAGGAUUAUGUACUGGAGCUGUCUGGUCUGGCCGAGGUGCAGAGACAGGCCGAGGCCAUGCAGAACGAAGUAGACUGGGACGAGGAUGAAGACGUGGCUGCUGCUGAGGAGGGGGAUGGCGAGAUGCUUUAG